ACACAAAGGACUCGUCCUUCACCCAACGCAGCCGCAGAUAAAAGCGUCAUGGUCGUCCCUUAUCUCUGACUCUUGCUCAUUGUUGAUUCCUUUGUUCCAGUCCUCUCUUUUGCAUAUCUUCAGAGUCCAUCCUCUCAUAUCUGCAUACCAAACUUCUUCGUUCACUCGGCCAGAACCGAAUCCAUCCAAGAUCUGCUCUCUUGCAUUCAUACCACACAACCACACACAAACCCACACACACAAUCCAAGAUGGCGACAGCAAAUGUCACAUACGUCGAGAACCUUCAGAAGUACCUGAAGCUCGACCAGAGGGGAGCAGUCAUCGCAGAGUACGUCUGGAUCGACAGCGAGGGCGGUGUCAGGUCAAAGUCGAGGACAUUAGAAUCAAAGAAGGACGGUUUCAAGCCCGACGACCUCCCCACAUGGAACUUUGACGGUUCAUCGACUGGCCAGGCUCCUGGCGACAACUCAGAUGUCUACCUGAAGCCCGUUGCCGUUUUCCCCGACCCCUUCCGCGGAGGCGAGAACAUCCUCGUUCUCUCGGAAUGCAUCAACGCCGAUGGCACCCCCAACAAGUUCAACCACCGCCACGAGUGCGCAAAGUUGAUGGAGACCCACGCCGAGCACCAGCCCUGGUUCGGUCUGGAGCAGGAGUACACCCUUCUCGACCUUAACGACCGUCCCUUCGGCUGGCCCCAGAACGGUUUCCCCGCCCCGCAAGGCCCAUACUACUGUGGUGUCGGUGCCGGCAAGGUCGUCCAGCGCGACAUCGUCGAGGCCCACUACAAGAGCUGUCUGUACGCCGGCGUCAAGAUCUCUGGCACCAACGCCGAGGUCAUGCCCGCCCAGUGGGAGUUCCAGGUCGGCCCCUGCACCGGCAUCGAGAUGGGUGACCACCUCUGGAUCGCCCGCUUCCUCCUGCACCGCGUUGCUGAGGAGUUUGGCGCCAAGGUCUCGUUCGACCCCAAGCCCAUCCCCGGCGACUGGAACGGUGCCGGUCUGCACUCCAACUUCAGCACCAAGGAGAUGCGUGUUGAGGGUGGCAUGAAGCACAUUGAGGCCGCCAUCAAGAAGCUUGAGGGCCGCCACCAGGAGCACAUUGCCGUCUACGGUGAGGGUAACGAGAAGAGGUUGACCGGCAGGCACGAGACCGGCGCCAUCGACACCUUCAGCUACGGUGUCGCCAACCGUGGUGCGUCGAUCCGUAUUCCCAGGGAAUGCGCCGCCAAGGGCUACGGCUACUUCGAGGACCGUCGCCCGGCAUCCAACGCCGACCCGUACCAGAUCACUGGUAUCAUCAUGGAGACCUGCUUCGGCGAGGCAUAGGUUACCACCUGAUACUGCAAAACCUUGGCUUGGCGAACCGGCGAUCGGAUGGGGGGUUUUGAGUUGCUCUUAUUUCUUUCCUCUUUUGGAUUUUUGGGACGGCGUGAUAAUGGGGCGGUUGGACGCACUGUUUUUGUUCAUGAGCAUACUUGUUUUUUACACUCUUACAAUUUAUUUCUCUUGGCACAGGAAGGCAGUCUGCACUGUUUGCCUGUCGGGAAGGUUUCAGCCGCCACACACGAGACUGUGGGCGCGCGCCUAUUUCCCGAACAUGACUAGAUUUUAGUCUCGAAUAUGAGAUGCUUC